AUGGCCUCAUAUUCGGCCUACAACAGUGGCCACACAUCACCCAGCAACAUCCCUUACGUCCCUGCUAGCUCUUCUGCACAGCAGCAGUCCUAUCCUCCAGCUGCUCGCUAUGAUCCUAGCCGAACUUCCCUCGGUAGCGAUGACGAUGCCACCGUAGCACCAACCAAGAAGAAUGGGGACUCUGUCGUCGAUAUGCGCGAUCUUAUGCGUACCCCGAGCCCAACUCCAAGCGAGGCAGAGGAACUCCGUAAAACCUCCGUCAUCGACUGGAAGGCAAUGAUGAAUUGGAAGUAUUGGAUCCGCAAGGAGUGGGCCUGGUACUACGUUGCCGUCUUCAUCGGCCUAGUCCUUGUUAUCUUGUUCACGGUGUUUCACGACCAGAUCGUGACAUGGCUUCAGCCGGCUGCAAAUUGGAUGCAUAGGUGGGUCUCAGAGUUUCCUUUUUAUUUUAUUUUUUGCGCGCAUAGCGGCCGGAGCAUCCCAAUUCGCUUCGGUUGGCUGAUUCCUAUCGCAAUCCUGUUCGUGAUCUCAUUUCCUCCGCUAUUCGGCCAUGAAAUUGUGGGUAUCCUGUGUGGACUGGUAUGGGGCCUUUGGGUUGGCUUUGCGAUUGUGGCUGCUGGAACGUUCCUUGGUGAAGUCGGUAACUUCUACGCUUUUAAACAUUGUUGUUCUGCGCGUGGUACAAAGCUCGAACGUACGAAGCUCACCUAUGCAUGCCUGGCCAAGGUAGUGCGUGAGGGUGGCUUUAAGAUUGCGCUGAUUGCACGUUUGAGUGCGAUUCCUGGACACUUCACUACCGCAGUGUUCUCCACAUGCGGUAUGAGUAUCUGGACGUUCAUGAUUGCCGCCGUCCUCUCAACACCGAAGCAGUUUAUGACGGUCUACCUCGGUGUUGCACUAGAGCAAUCCCAAAAAAAUGGUGGAAAUGCUGACAAUGUUGUGAAGGAUAUAGUGCUCGGAGUCACGGUGGUUAUCACAUUUGUAGCGAUGUGGUAUAUUUUUAGCAAGAUGAACAAGGCCAAGCCAGCAGUUAUCUAUGAGCGGCGGAAAGCUCGCCAGGCGAAGCUCAUGGAAGCAGCGUACGGAAGUAGCGCUAUGCUGCGAUCCAAUCCACUUGACUCGUUCAACCCCAAUGCCUCUGAGGCUGAGAUUCCGUUGACUGCACAAGGCAACACAUUUGGUGAUGUCGGACACCAACAAUGGGACGCCAGUGGGCGCGCUGUGGGUUACGCCAGCGAUCCAACCCUAUUCGUUCCUGUUCCUCGCAAGGCACAAUCGCGGCCGCCAGCAACUGCUCCGACGCAUCGACCACAACCGCGUGCGGACUUGGAGUCUGCAUACUCGAUGACAGAGCAACCUUCCUACCAGCCUACCGAGCCUGGGCGCCAGAUACCAAGCCCUACCGGUUUCCCAAAUCCUUUCCCUUCCCCCUCCGACACCCGACCGCCUUUCCGACCUACGUACAACCCGUCUGUCCCUGUCACCAGCGCCACGCCGCCCCCCAUCCCACCUCCGCCUGCGCCACCCGUUUCAAGCCCACCUCAAUCCCCUUUUACCGCUCAGUACCCUCCACGGACGGCCCCCGCUUACGGUAAUGGAAGUGUCUCGUCGACGCCUACUGCGGCCCAGUUCCCGGUAUACAACCAAGCGCCGCGCAUGGCUCCGGCAACCGCACCGAUGCAAAUGGGGACGGCCUAUGCUGCACCACCAUUCCCGCCGCCAACUGUUGGCGUGCAGCAUGUGCAGAACACUGGGGGGUACCCGUCGUAUCCAACUGCGGAGUCGGUGCGCUCCGAGGCAGGCUCGCUGCCACCUAGCUACUCCGACUUGUCCUUCCAAUGA